CCUCAGCAGUCCAUUUCGUCACCCUGAUCGUGGACGCUCUUCAUAUUUAAGUGUUCCCGCCAGAAGUACUUAACACCAUGAUGUUAUACCGACAGAGUACCAAAUCAGUUCAACCUCGUUUCUAUAGUGAUUGUGGCCAGGUGUUUCUCGUCAUUUGCACUCAUCUACCAGUAUCCCGUUUGCGUCAUCGUAAUUAAUUAGUUCUCAGUCCACUGCGUCCGGAGUGUAUCAGGUGGUCGGUCGUUUACUGGUUUAAUAACAUACACUAAUUGGGAGCCAGAGACUGGCAUAUAUACUUCGUUUCACACGGCUGCAGUUCGUGAUCAGUCGAAUUCUAACAUCUAGUGUAUCUCGAGGUACUAACUAGAGCUAGUGUAUCUCAAGGUACUAACUAGAGCUGGUGAACUAACUAUAGCACUCAACGGGUUACCAACGGUUCAACAUGUCCUUCUGUUUUGAUGAGGUAUCUUGGUACAGCAGUGAUCCUUCGGAUUUAGCAUUUGAGAUGAAUUCAGCCCCGGAGUCUGAUGCCGAAUCUGAGCCUGAUUCUGACACGAGCGAAGCAGUAGAUGCUAUUCUGGAGGGACAAGAUCCAAUGAAGGUAUACCUCGCUGAUGCCUUACAUUAUGCAUUGGAGACUGACAAUUUCGAACGUGCGAAGUGGUUGGUAGAUCACGGUGCAGACGUAAAUGCAGAAUCGUCUACGACAGAUACUCCUUUUCGACAAGUAGGGCAGUAUCCUUUGGAGAUUGCAGCAGAAAAGAAUAACCCCGAGAUGUUCGAAUAUUUGCUCAGCCAUGGUGCCGACACAAAAAUCAUUUGGACAUUACUCAUGAACGAUCACAUUGACUCUUUGACAUUCUUUGCAGAACACCCUCAGCUGUUUAAAGUGAUAUUAGACGAUGUUCGUAAACGUGUAUGUACUAAGGAUAUAGAUAAGGAUGACUUUGACACUUUGAUAAGGUCGGUUAUUCGUCUGGAGAAAGGAAAUGCAGCCGAGGGUGGUUUAGAAAUUUUCCAAAUGCUGUUGGAACUUCAACCUCCCCUAAAUCUUCUUCGCUUUGACUCAAAUGAAGACGACGAGACUCUUUUGUCUUUUGCAGUAUCUUGUCAGUCCUUGCGGUUUGUGAAACUAAUCGUUGAACUUGGUACUGCAACCAACACUGAAGGGGGAUCAGACAGAGAUUGCUUGCCACUACACGAGGCGUGUAAUUUGCAUAGUGGGAUUUCAUCAUAUUGCAUCCCACUGCACGAGGCAAGUGACAAUGAUGACCUUGAGACUGUCAUGUUCCUCUUGGAACAUGGCGACAGGUGCGUUAAAUCGAGUGAUGGGUUGCUCCCAAUUGACAUGGCAUACAGGAAGUUGGCACCUAAUGUUCUGAGAUUUUUCCUCCAAAACGGUUACAGCUCUGAACUCAUCGAACACCACAAACUGCACAUUGCUUGUUUUCUUGAAGAUGUUGCUUUCGUGGAGAAGCUCAUCAGAAAUGGUGCUGAUGUGAAUGCGCUGGACGAUGAUGGUCGGGUACCCCUGGUGAUUGCAAUCAAGAUGAAGAAUACACACUUGAUAAAACUUCUGCUGAAAUCUGGGGCGGAUCCUGAGGUUGAUGGAAAGAAACUCUGUUCUAGUAAUGCAAUUGUUGCUGUAGUCAAAGAGGGUAGUGCCGAUAUACUUAAUGUAUUACUGAACUACUACCCUGGCAAGAUUGACCUGAAUGACCCAAAACAUAAUCUACUCAUGACUGCAGUUGCUGCAGAGAACCGGGAGACGUUUAGUAGGCUGUUGCAGUUGGGUGUAGACGUAUGCAAACAUAGUAAGGGUGAAGCAGAUGGUUUGAGACCAAUUCACAAAGCAAGUGAGUUGGGCAACUAUCAGAUGCUCAAAACUCUUAUUGAACGGGGUGCAGAUGUGAAUGACUGGGUAGACUGGGGGAUGGGUUAUACUAGUUCGUGGCAAAGAACUCCCCUGGCCAUGUGUCGAGAUCCUGACUGUAUUCGUCUUCUACUCGACUUCAGUGCAGACAUGUACAACCCCAGGUCACUUGGCAGUUCCGAACGUCUAUUUCAGCCUUGUUUCAUGGCAGUCACGGAUGGUCUUGGUGAUGUUGAAAUCAUGAGAGCAUACUGGGACAAGGAUGGGGCCAACCUUGCCAAAGAUUUCUCCAUCUUUAACUUGGCGUGUAUGAAGGGUUAUCAUGAACUAAUAGAGUUCUUGCUAUUGCAAAACCCCAGAUGGAAAACUGAAUGUCAUAAGCUCACUUUUUUUUCCAGCCAACCUAGGCAAUUUCACAUGUUCAACAACACGGUUAAAUUACUCCUUGACCUUGGGUGUACAUUUAACUUUGGUAGUUACCAAGUCUAUGCAGGCAACUUUCUCUAUCCUGAUCUCAGCCGGACUGGGGUCAGAAGCAGAGAUGAUAAGGAAUGGUUUGGUGCACAGUUUUACAAGCACCAAACAUUCGUUUUUACCAAGCUCGUGCAAGAACGCUGUGGCCACAACGACUGCCUUGAUGGAGAGGGACUUGUCAGCCUGCUGACUCGCACAAAAGACCGCAACAUGAUCAAGUGUCUACACGACUGCGGUCACAAACUUAUCAAACCGAUAAUGUACACCAGGAAAAGGCGGCAGUUCCACAAGGGUGAAGCAGAUCGCAUCGAUUUCAUGAACACCAUCGAACAGAUUUGCCAGGAGCCCAUCUCCCUGCAGAAUCGUUGCCAGAUUCAAAUUCGCCGGACCCUGUUCGCUUUCACAGCACCAAACUGUCACAUUGAUCAAACAAUAGAGAAGCUCCCAUUGCCUAACUGUUUGUUGGAGUUCUUGAGUUUCAAAGGGGACCAUGAGUACCAGUAUCUCAAAUACUGUUAACUUCAGACAUUACCUUAAUUUCGACAUCUUAUGCAUGUAUUCGAAAAACUGUUGUACCAUUGAUCAGAGUCCAUGUUCCAAGGUCUGUUGCCGGGUAGUGGAUUCGAUUAUAACGGUAAAGUUGUGCGAUAUUGUAUCGCCAUCUCUGCGUUGUGUCGCCAUUUACGUCAUGACAUUAAUUCCCAUUUAAAAGUGGCAAUAUAAUGUAGACUCUUCUAUCGACGUGGCGAUAAAAUAUCGUGCAACGUUACUCAAUUACAGCAAGAUUUUACCAAUACUACCGGUUGUAGUAAGAAGCCGAGACCUUCAAAUUAGAUUUUAUCAAAACUUAUA